CACGCUAUGCGUUGACGUUUGUGCUUCCAUUCAUCUGAUUGCUCUCACACCCGUGAGCAGGAUGUGGAGGUCGGAGAUCUGCUGACUCGCCCCCGGGAUUUACGGUCCCUUUCUGCCGAGCUGUGGGAGCUUCUCUUUCACCUUCUCUUUCACCUUCUCCUUCUUCCUCUUCUUCCUCACUUUCUUCCUAAGGAGCUCUCUGUCUCUGAAUAUCUGAGAAACAUCAAGGAAGUGGAGGUGUUUCACCAAGCGCCAGUCUGCUUUAAGGAGCUUUCCGUUGUUCGUUUUUAGAUUAAAUUAUUUGGGGAUGAUGCCUCCGCAGAUCAGGUUCAGGAGGAGAUCCUUCCUCGGGCUCCUCUUCCUCUUUUCUCUCUCUACAUCGGCGCUUUACUUCAUCUACUCGGCUCCCGGGAUCGAUUUCCUGAUGCCGGGUUGUCGUGUUUCGGUCCGGGAUGUUUAUCGGCAGAAAAGCUGAGACGAAAGGAAAGUAACCGCGUCAAUAAAUGAACGAGUAUCUGUUCAUGGUCCAGGCUCGAGGAAUGUGGAUCCGUGAGAACAUGAGAAACAUUGGAGCUCAGGUUCUGGAGCAGGUGGUCAGAAGUACCUACAUUGCCAAUGGAACAGAAUACAUGUAUGACUUUAACCUGAGUGAAACAGCUGCCCCACCCACUCCGUACCUGCCUGUGGGGUUCACUUACUUGCCCACUGACAUCUGCCCUGAGAAACUCCCCACUAUGAAGGGCAGACAGAAGGUGGAUAUGAGUGAGAUUUCUCUUGAGAAAGUGGAGAAACAUUUACAGAAAUCUGACCCCAGUAUCCGCUUCGGAGGCCAGUGGAAACCCCACGACUGCAGACCACGCUGGAAAGUAGCCAUUUUGGUGCCUUUCCGAAACCGUCACGAGCAUCUGCCCAUUCUCCUGCGUCACCUGAUCCCAGUGCUGCAGAGACAACGACUCCAGUUUGGAUUCUACAUCAUCGAACAGACAGGAGACGAGCCCUUUAAUCGUGCCAUGCUCUUCAAUGUGGGCUUUAAGGAGGCCAUGAAGGACAUUCCGUGGGAUUGCGUCAUCUUCCACGAUGUCGAUCACAUGCUGGAAAACGACCGGAAUUAUUACGGAUGCAGUGGAAUGCCGCGCCACUUCGCCGUCAAACUCAACAAAUACUCCUACAUAUUGCCAUACGAUGAGUUUUUCGGUGGCGUGAGCGGCCUCACCGCCGAGCAGUUCCAGAAGAUUAACGGCUUUCCUAAUGGAUUCUGGGGCUGGGGAGGUGAAGACGAUGACCUGUGGAAUCGGGUUCAGUACGCAGGCUACACUGUGAGUCGACCUCCAGGAGACAUCGGUCGCUACAUGUCCAUCCCUCACCAUCACCGGGGAGAAGUGCAGUUCCUGGGCAGGUACACGUUACUCCGUCACUCGAAGGAGAGGCAGAGACUGGAUGGUCUGAACAACCUGAAUUACUCCCCCCUGGUGUCCCGGAGGCGUCUCUACACCAACAUCUCCGUCACGUUGAGUCGAGACCUCGCUCCCAUCACCGAAUAUUAACACCUCACACUCUGAACCACUCUGAAACUCGCUCUGACUCUCUGCCUCGUCCUUGCCAGAGUCAGGGGACCGAGACAUCUCCGUCUGUCCUCCUGUCCUCCUCAAAUCCUUCUCAGAACGUCUUGCUGUCCCCGCCACAUAAGUCUUCUCCACAUUUCAGUAAUUUUUUUUAUAUUUUUCACCUGAAAUUGAAAUAUUCAUUAUAUCGGCAUCAGCACGACGUAACACCUAGGAACAAUUUUCCCGCCUUUUUUUUAAAAUCACCAUUUCAGCCACUCAGAACACGGCCAUCUAUUAAAAAAAAAAAAAAAAAAAAAAAAAAAGCCUUUACAGAAGAAAAAAGUGCCGGCUCUUAUUCUUCAGAUGCCACUACAGCAACAGUGGGGUCUUUGUGUUUACAAUGGGAAUGAGUAAGCUAGCAAGCUAGUUAGCAUGCUAGCUAGCUAGCUGCCAUGGCAGAAGAACAAGCUCAUUCCUUUUGGAUGAAAGUAACGCACAGCUGGAUUCUGUGUGGAAUAUAAACAAGUUCACCAAAAUGCACUGAUAGAAUGCAGUAAAAACAUUUAUGGAAUAUAUCAAAGUGUGUGUGUGUGUAUGUGUGUGUGUGUGUGUGUGUGUGUGUGAGUGUGUAUAGCCUCUCUUUCCUUGUAAUGGUAAUAACAUCUUCACCUGACAGUCAGACAACUCAUCAGACUCGUUUGUUUGAGGUUCGUGUGGUGACACACAGCGUUAGCAAUUUUAAUUAAAGAGUUUGUGAAAUCUGUAUAAAAAGUUAAGGUCCCGCUUAACUGCACUAAAAGAAGGAAAGAAGUUUGUAGAGCUAUGCAAAAGAUUCUGCUCUGAUAUCCACCUGCUCAUAACGUUAGCACACGCGCACGACAUCCGCUCCGUCUACUGUGGCUCUUUAUUUACAUACAUGAAUUUAUAUGUGCAUACAAAGCAUGUAUCAGCAUUGUGUGUGUGUGUGUGUGUGUGUAUAAGAGAGCUAUGCAAAGCUUUGUUGUUUAAUACAAAUAUUUUGCUUUUUGAAGGAACGCUAAUAACGUGAACAUGCUAACUAGCUAAUUUAGCAAUGCUAGUGUUCAUUUAUCAUCGUGAUAUUACAAACCUAAAAACUGUUCUCAAAGCGAUGUUUACACCAUAAUAAUAAUAUUUGUGGCUGUUUAUAGCGGUUUUAAAACACACUGGCUAGCUCUGCUGCACCGCUAACACACGUGACAGUUUGUUUACAAUGUGUGUGUGUAUGUGUGUGUAUGUGUGUAGUCUCUAGCUACCUCUAUACCAGUCUAAACUAAUUAUUGGGAGCCUUCUGUGCAUAAUUCAGGAACUCGCAGAUCAAGCUAGGCUGACCUAACACACACACACACACACACACACACACACACACACACACACACACACACACACAGAGACACACUAGCUUUCCCUCACUCACUGCAGCCCUUUGAUUAUCACAAUGUAAUGAUUUUUUUUUAUUAUGUAUUGUGUGUGUGUGUGUGUGCGUGUGUGUGUACACCAGGGUCCAUCUAUCCAUGCUCUUUACCAGAGGCUGGUCCUCUUGUAUUUAUUCCAUUUUAUUCUGUGUUUGAUUUCAAUUUUCUUUUUUUCUUUUUUUUUUUUUUUACAGAAAAACACACAAGCAGAUCAAAAACGUAUAAAUGUGCCGAGCUGUGAUUUAAAAAAAAAAAAGCACUGAAAGCAGACGGGAAACGUCUCGAAUGUUUGGGUGAUGAAAGUGUUAUGAAAGGAGAGCUGUUUCACAUGAGGACACAGCUGAGAGAGAGAGAGAGAGAGAGAGAGAGAGAGAGAGAGAAUCCCCAUGGUGCUGAGUAUUGUGCAGCUGCUAUUUUAUUCUCUAUUUAUCUGACGUCAGUCAUUUGUAGACUGAUACAGAUUGUAGGCGGGGCCUCGCAGUGGGCGUGUCUACUCUGUUCUCUCAGCGUCUGAUGAAAACGGUUCGAUCUUGCCAAACUGGGGGUCUUUUUAUACAGUGAUUUGGGCCUGAUUCUCUGACAGACCUGCGAUCUGACUCUGUGUUCGUGCUAACAAGCGACAAAUCGCUUACACGCGUCACGCCACAGCUCCUGUUGUCAAGUUUGGGAGUGGGAGUGGGCGUGGCCUGCGUUUAAAGCUAAUGCUAACAAAACAAUAAACAUCACUUCUCUCGAUGGUUAAUAACCUCAACACGAUUUGAUCUAAUUUGAUUUAGUAGCCAUACAGACAUAAAAAAAAAAUUAUUCUUCUUACUUCCGCACUUCAUAGGUACGUCGAGAUCGAUAAAUAACGUCAAGUGUGUGAGAUUCGCACUCAGAUUAGAUUAGCAUCACGAGCUAGCUGCUCCAGCUACAUGCUCUCAGAAGAGACGCUACGUAGGUCGGAAGUGAAGAUCUAAACGUCAGACCAAACGCUUUGCUGCUUUAUGAGCGAAUAUGGGAAUCUGAACCCGAAACGUUGCCUCGAAGCUGAAAAAUUAACACGUACGUGAAAGAAAAUCGUGAAAGCUUUGUCUCCCGCUAGCGCGAACACAGCUACGGAUCUAUUCGUGUGUAAAUAAAGACCCCCAUCGACGGCAAACUCCCUUCACCCACAGCCAUAAUAAACUUAUUAACUUAUCUAUUCUGAUCCGGUCCAGAUGACGGGAUCGGGGAGGUUUCUCUCCUCGUCCUCGACGGCACGGCAGCCUUAACAGUUUAAUUCACUCCAAAUAUUAUUAUACAGUUCUUUUUUAUUUUUAUAGUCAGAUCUAUUUAAAAUCUAAGGCAUAUGUAUGAAUGAACGUUCACAUGUAUAUACAUGCUAGUUUAUUUUAAAUUGUUUUAAAAAAAAAUUUAAAGAAAGAAAGAAAGCUAUAUGACUAAGUUGAAAAAAAAACUUCAGUUCAAAGUUUCAAUAAAGGGGUGAUUUUGUGUCAGUCGAGAAAAUUUUCCAUAUUUAAUAAUAAUAAUAAUAAUAAUAAUAAUAAUAAUAAAAGGAUUUUGGUCUAACAGGAAUUUCAUACUGAUAAUUAAAAAAAUAGAAAUAGUAAAUAGUUCAAAUCGUGUUUAUUUCCUAGCUGGACAAACGGACAGCUGUGUGUUCGGUGUCUUUAUAUGAAUCCAAAUGAAUAUGACAAUGUUUAUUGAAAAUGAACUGAAUAACACACACUGGGAUGUGACUGUAAGGGGACGAUGAUGUCUCCCUGAUCUGAAGCCAUCUGUCUCACCUACAUGUCUGUGCUUUAUGUAUAAAGAAAAUAUGAUGAUUUGGGUUUGAGAUUUUUUUAUUAUUCAGAUUGUUGUUAAAAUCCGAACCAAUAAAAGAGACGUUACGCCA